UGCCUGCUUGAGAAUGCUCUGAUGUUCUAAAUAAUUUUCGUCCAGCAAAAUGGCAGGGGUGGAGCUCUGUGAACCAACUGAACUAUAUAACAUACUGAACCAGGCAAUGAUGCAUUCCAGGUUGACAGAGCCAAACUAUUUAUGUUUAUUGGAUGCUCGUACUAAGCGGGAGUACAACGAAAACCACGUGAUAACAGCCCUAAGAGUGAAACAGAACCUGUUGGGCAAAUACACACCACCUCAGUCCAUUGACUUGGAAUGCGUCCGAUACUGCGUUGUGUACGAUGGCAGAACAGAUACUUUGGAAGCUGCUUUUGACAUGGAUUAUGACUUACCGGAACUGGAUGACGAACUAAAAGACUGCGAAGGAGAUCCAGAAGCUUUGAUUGAAAAACGCAGGUUGUCACCUAAAUUUAAUGCCAAACAUGGAUCCGCCGCACGCUGUGCCAGGAUCAUGCAGCUGUAUACCCGCUUCCCUGUCCUGGUCCUUAGAGGCGGGUAUGAGCUCUUCACCACCUGUUACCAUUUCCUGAGGACCAGGAAGGUAAUCUGGACGCCUCAGGAACUGGAGGAGCUCCUGCCUUACCCGGUUGAGAUUGUUCCGGACAAGCUGUACAUGGGAGAUUACAGGCAAGCCUCCAAUCAGCAGAUGCAGAAGGAUCUGAAAAUCGUAGCCCAUGUCAAUGUCUCCGAGGAGACGGACACAUUCUUCCCAAAAAGCAGUAAGAACCUCCUUCACAUACCCAUUCCGGAUUCUCCAGAGGGGAAUAUUUACCCCCACUUUUGUAAAAUUUGCCACUUCAUUGAUAGCCAUAAAGGAAGAGUCCUGGUUUUCUCUCUCUCGGGUAUAAGCAGGUGCAGCACUGUAGCGGUGGCCUAUCUCAUGCAUACACACCACCUUACCUUAAUGAAAGCUUGGAGCUGCAUCCAGAAGUGCAAAGCGAACAUGCGGCCAAACCGGGGGUUUGUGCAACAGCUGUCACAGUGGGAACGCCACAUCUACAUGACAGCAAUCACUGAUAUCUCUGAGCCAUUUUUCUGA